GUGUUUUGCAUUCAAAGCAAGAAUUGUUAUUGUUUUUUAACUUUAAAAUAGCUCUCUCUCUCUCUCUCUGCAUAUUCUUCGCAUGAUCCCAUCUUCAAAGCGCUGCUGCUUUUUGGGAUUUCAAUUGCCAAGGAUUUUUCUUAUUGAAUUUAAUUUCUUUUCCAAAUCUGAUUGAUACGAAUCUCAAUCUCAUAGAGACAGAGACUGAGCUAAGCGGUAGGAUAACCGAUCUAGCUGCGUAAUUUCGAGCUCGGCCGGCGCUUGAUCUGGAGAUGCCUUAUUAGGACACACUAAUUUGUUGUGAUAGUUUUGGGGCAAACCAAUGCAAAACGGGAUGAUAGAAUGCAGUGUCUGCCAUUCGAAGUUGGUUUCCCCAACUACCAGAGGUGUGUCUAGGGCUUAUGACCGCCACAAAAGCAGGGUAUCAUCAAAGCAACGUGCCCUUAAUGUCCUCUUAGUUGUUGGUGAUUGUGUUCUGGUUGGUUUCCAGCCUAUUUUGGUUUAUAUGUCCAAGGUGGAUGGGCGCUUCAUGUUUAGCCCCAUUAGUGUUAACUUUUUGACGGAGGCUGCAAAGGUUCUAUUUGCAGUUGUUAUGCUUAUUUUACAGUCUAGACGUCAGCAAGUUGGCGAAAAGCCCCUUCUGUCAAUUUCCACAUUUAUGCAGGCAGCUCGGAACAAUGUUCUUCUUGCUGUUCCAGCUCUUCUGUAUGCCAUCAAUAAUUAUCUCAAGUUCAUCAUGCAGCUUUAUUUCAAUCCUGCAACUGUGAAGAUGCUGAGCAACCUCAAGGUUUUGGUAAUUGCUGUUUUGCUGAAGAUGAUAAUGAGACGCAGAUUUUCAGUGAUACAGUGGGAAGCUCUUGCUCUAUUGCUCAUUGGAAUUAGUGUAAAUCAGCUGCGUUCUUUACCUGAGGGUACUACAGCAUUGGGUCUUCCGGUUUCAACGGGUGCUUACAUCUACACAUUGAUCUUUGUAACCAUUCCAUCUCUGGCCUCUGUCUUCAAUGAGUAUGCUCUGAAGAGUCAGUAUGAGACAAGCAUCUAUCUUCAGAACUUAUUUUUAUAUGGUUAUGGUGCUAUAUUUAACUUUCUGGCAAUACUGGGAACAGCUGUUGUUAAAGGUCCUAGCAGCUUUGAUAUCCUACAAGGACAUUCAAAAGCUACCAUGCUUCUUAUAUGUAACAAUGCAGCCCAAGGAAUUUUAUCCUCUUUUUUCUUCAAAUAUGCUGAUACAAUUUUGAAGAAGUAUUCUUCGACGGUUGCUACAAUCUUUACUGGCAUAGCAUCUGCUGCACUAUUUGGCCAUGCUUUGACCAUGAACUUCAUCCUAGGAAUUUCAAUUGUGUUCAUAUCAAUGCACCAGUUCUUUUCACCUCUUUCCAAAGUCAAGGAUGAACAACAGAAUGGGAAGCUGGAACUGGUAGAUUAUCAGGACAACCACAGGUCCAAAGAAUCUUUCAUUAAUAUGGCAGCAGGAGCAAAUGAAGAGGCUAGUCAUCGUGUUGGAUCUGAUGAGAGACAACCACUUCUUCCCACUUGAAGUUUCUUGGAGAAAUUUGUUAGAAGGAAUUCUUUUGGCAGGUGAUGUUGGGUGGUGCUAGAGAUAAACCAGAUUUUGGAACAUUUAAUCGAAUAAAACCUUAAAAAUGAGGUUAUUUUUUGUUAUAAUUUACUCGGGUCAGAUGCUGGAGCCAUCCAGUACUUGUUGCUCUGGGAUACUGGUUAGAGAAGAGAAGUGCGGUUGGCUUGGUGCUGUGAGUCCCUAGUGAUUCCUCUGCCUUCCCUCCCUCCAUAUGCAAAGAUUUAUGUGUUAUUUGUAUUCUUUAUUAUCAUAAGAGCAGGUAUAGAGAACAAUUUUUCUUCUUCUUUUUGCCAAGUAUUAUUCUUUUUCUAGAUAGUUGAUUUUAUAGGGUUUAAAUUUCGUUUUAUUUUGACAUGAGAAUGAGAAUACAAAACUAUUAAUGGAAAAACAUUUGGUUUUCCUCUGGUCAUGGAUUGAUACCUAUUUAAUUGUAAUUUGGUGUGGAGAGCAAUGAAUGGUAUAAUCUUUCAUCAUACCUACCUCGAUUUCAA